AUGCACGUUUCUGCGGCUUUUCUCUGCCUCCUGGCUGGCCAAGCAGUGGCGGCACCUCAUGCUGCUCGUCAAGACGUUGCUGUCGGGCAGGUCGUGCAGGACGGUACUGCCACCGAGCCGGUCGUCGAGCCGGUCGUGCAGGAGGAUGCCAGCCAGCCGGUCGUCGAGCCAGUAGAGCAGGGCACUCCUGUCGCACCGGUCGAGCAGGAUGGCACUGUCACGCCGGCUGAGCAUGACGGUGCCGGCGAGCGAGAGGGUGCCGUUCAGCCUGUGGUUCAGGACGGCGUCUUUCAACUUCCCUUCUUUACCGUCGCCCCCGAAGAAGAGCUGCUGAUGGGCAGCAAUGAGACGACCGGCACUGCGACGACCAAGCGUCAAGUGCCCGUUGGCCUUGAUAAUAUUAAGUAUGGUGGUGUUCGGCCGGCCAUGGCCCUGGGCGUGACCAUCGAGGUUGGCACCCCGCCGCAAAAGGUCAUCGUUGAGCCCGACACCGGGUCUAGCCAGCUCUGGGUGCCCGGCGUAACUCCAGCCAAUGGCCGCACGGGUGCCGAGUCGGUCUACUUUGACAAAAGCGUGAGCACCUCGCUGCAGGAUCUGAAGAAGAUUUCGGGGGCUAUGUAUGGCUCAAGGGAAAGGGUCAUGUUCGAUAUGAUUAGUGACGACGUCUCUGUUGGCGGCAAGUCCAUGGGUAAACUGAACUUUGGGGUUGGCAACAUGAACAGCCCCCAUACUACUGUGGGACGCAUCGUCGGUGUCAUGGGCCUCCUGCCCCCCCGUGCUACUAGCAAAGGCAGUACCGACUUUAUUCCCCAAAAGCUCCUAGACGAGAUGAUUGUCAAGACCCGUGCGUUUAGCAUGGCUUUACGAGAGAAGGGCCAAGGUCUGCUGACCUUUGGCGGCUACGACACGAGCAAGUUCUCCGGAUCCCUCGAGAAGCUUCCCAUCCUUCCGAAUAAGUCGAAACACUAUAUUGUUUCGGUCCAGUCUGUUUCUCUUACGGCCAGCAGCGGCGGUAGUAGUGAGGUCAUCCUCAACAACCAAACUGCGUCGAGGCCAUUGUCCAUGGGCAUCGACUCUGGCUCGCCCGCUCUGGUCUUGAAGGAUGAUCUCUUCAAGAUUGUCGAGGACAAGCUCCAGGCAAAGCCCUCGACGGGCCCUCUAAAAGUAGCCUGCGACGUUGUCGACGCUGGUGCGUCGCUCGACUUCAAGAUGACCGACAGCACCACGGUGUCGGUACCCCUUGGCGACAUGGUGCUCAAGAAGCUGGUAAAGCUCCCCUCCCGCCCCCGCUCUCCCCCCCCUUCCCGCCGCUCGCUCGUUGUAUAUGACCCGGAUGAUAGCUGCAUCUACGUCGGUCGCGGCGCCGACUGCGGCUCGAGCGUCGUUGCCAUUGACGGCAAGAUGCCGACCGAUGCCGUCAAGGGAAAGUGCAGCGAGGAGCCGGCCGCCGUUGAGCAGCCCAGCGAGGGCGUGAUGGCUAGUAUCGCGGCUCUGACCGACGAGCAGCUCGCAGCGCUCAUCAAUCCCCGCAUUGAUGAGGAUAAGGAUUAA